GUGCGGCUGCCGCGGGGCCGGGGCCGGCAGCGAUGUUGGCGGGGCCGGGGCCGGGGCUGCUGGCCUUGGCCUUGGCCUUGUGGCCGGCAGGUGGCCUUUCUCAGGUGAAGAUAGAGGCCUCAGGCCCUACAGUAGGGAAGAUCUCAGAGUCUGUCUGGCUUACCUGCCACAUCUCUGGUGUAGCCAUCACCGAUAGCAACUACGCGUGGGACUGGAUCCGGCAGACUCCUGGCAAAGAGCUGCAGCACCUGGUGAUGCAGUAUCCUUUCACAGGACUCCAGCACAUCGCUUCCUCCUUCCAGAACCAAGUCAACAGCUCUGCAGACCCCUCCAGGAACCAGCUGUGGCUGCAACUGCUCUCACCAGCAGCUGCAGACACAGCCACCUAUUUCUGCAGCAUGAGAGAACUUGAGAAGGGCACAGUGCUUGAAAUGCAGGCAGGGCCAGGGCAGAAUUGGAAAGAGGGUGUUGUCACAGGCAGAGGGAGGGACCAGCAGGGACUGAGCCUGAGAGCAGUGACAGAGGCCCAGGCAGGGCAGGUGUGGGCAGAGCUGGUGUGCAGGCACAGAGGAGCUGGAGAGAGGCCACUGAGAGCUGGCCUGGCCAUGUGGAGAGCCCUGUGCGUGGGCUUCUUGCCCAUUGUAGACAUUUCAAAAACUUCUGACCCCCAAGUCAUUGUGAUGAAAUCAAAGAAACUGGAAGGAGGUGGCAGCUCUGGGAACGCAGCUUGUUUGGCAAGGAACUCCCCUACAAAGAACAUCAGCUUGGAGAUGCCCUCGCAGGAGGUGGUCUAUGAACAGGGCACACCCAUUUUGACCUCAGAGGGGCUGUACAGUGCAAUUAAAGUGGUCAGGGUGACAGAAGACACAGAGGUGACCUGCACGGCCCAAUUCGACAACCGCACGAUAACAGCACAGCCAGAAGAGGAGGCUGAAGAACCAGUAAGAGGGUUUGGGGAACCAAACAGAACCAGAACAGUGUCAGGGGCCACUGACAGGGUUUGCAACAGCACAGAGCCCUCAGCACAAGAUGCUGGAGGGCAGAGAGUGAACAUGCUGUCCAUGGCUGUGUUGGGUUUGAGAGUCCUGCUGGCAAAGAGCAUCGCCUUCAAUGCCCUCAUGAGCAUCAAGCUGUUUCUUUUCUGAGACAUGGGGAAUGAACCCGAAGAAGAGCAGGAAAGAACGUGAACCAGCAGCACAAGGGGGUGGAACAAGCAGGGCCAGAGCUGCUGGCAGAGACCACCCAGGACACAAGGCAGCACCUUCCCCUGAAGACAUGCAACACUGUUCACUCCUGCCUGGCCAGCUGAUUUACACUGAAGACUUUUAAGUGCUUUUGCUGUUUCCUCUCCUCUGAACACUGAGGAGAGUGGAUUUAUCCUCAUCCUCCUGCUAAGUUGAUCCCCCCACUGUCCUGGCAUUUGCACACAAUUAUCCAACCUGCUUCAAUAGCUUUGAAACCUCCAGUGCUCACUGCAGAUAGAUGGCCUUUGAAAAGCACCUUUCCCAGGCAUGUUGUGUUACUGCCUGUGGAACUGGAGUAGCACUGCUGAGGCAAUUCCAGCCCAGGAGAUGCCAUUUGUAGAUUUGGGUUUUAGAUAGUUUCAAUACCCAAAAGUGUGUAAAGGAGAAAAGAAGAGCUGUGUAGAAUCUGGAAUGAUUUAACUAAACAGAUAUUGUUAUUUCUUGAUUAAGCCUGUAUUUCUUCUGCCAAAUGGUUUGCAUGUCCAUUUUGGGUUCCUGCAGUAGUGAGAAAAAUAAUGUAGCGCUAGGGAAAAAUGCUGUUCGGUUUCUGUGCUUUUUAUUUUAAAACUGGGAUGGGAUUGCUGAAAUCCAAC